AUGCCCGGCGCAACCUACAGCAGCAGCUCUUCCUCCUCCUUCUACUCGAGCUCCAGCUCAUCCAGAAACGGCAACCAAGUCAGCGGCCAGCGCUAUGCCACAACCUCGCAGAAGAACCCAGACGGCACGCGCGUCGUGCGAUCCGGUCACCAGGAACUAGGCGGUCCGCCCGUCGUCGAAGAGCGCCGCUACGACGAGACGGGGCGGCAGCAGCUUCCGUCUACUCAAGAGUCCAGUGGUGGCGGGGCCCGACGCAUUACAAAUUUGGAUGAUGAUGAAGAGGAGGAAUCUCGGGGGUGA